UGCAGUACCAACUGUGGAUGAGUACUGCUUUGACUUUGUUGGAAGAAACCUUAAAGAACUUGAUACCAGUGCUUUAUUUUUCUCUGCAACAAUACUGAAUGCACGCUCUGGGAGAUACUUUACUAAAAAUUAUUGCAACUUCUACUGGGUUUCCAUGAGAGGAUUUUGCCUGACAACGAGGGCGGAGAGCCAGAGGCUACUGAGUAUUACCAGCAAGCGUUCAAAUACUUGUAAGAAAAAAAAUGAAAGGUGUAAGAUGCUGCUUGACCCACUGAGUUCUGAGGAGUGGAGAGGAAGAUAAAACAAAUUUUGGCAAAAUGAGGCAAAUACAAAAAAUAGUUCAUGACAUUAAAAAGAAUGAUGGUGGGAUUAUCAGCAAGUUUAAAAAGUUCCAAAAUGAGCAAGUGGCCCUGAUGCGUAAAACCGGGAGAAAUACUUGGGAUCGAAUCACAAAACAAGCACCGCCUACUGUUCCUCAAAGAGAUUAUUCAGGAGGAGCUGAAGGUCCAGGUGGUGAACGGUGGUCUGACAAUGAAUUUGAUGCCAGUGAUUAUGAAAACCCCGAUGGGCGUUCUGAUGAAUCAGACACUUACGAAGAUCCACGUGAUGAUGGUGAAGGUGAUGAAAAUUAUGAGCCACCUCCAAGUGAGAAAAGCAAGAAAAUAAUUCCCAACUUUUUCCCAAUUUCUAAGGGUGAAUAUGCAGACAAUCGACCAGGAAGCCGGCCAGCAGUCCCUCCCUCUAAGCCAUCACCUGUUCCGACCAAGCGAAAGACGCCUCCACAGCCACAUGCAGCUAGGAAAAUGGGACAAAAGGAAGAUGAUGAGGGUGAUUAUAUUGUCCCCGUGAAGGAUAAUGAAGCUGAUGAUGCAUACAUUGACCCCACAGAGGAAAGUGUUCCCCGACCAGUGUUGAAACCUCCCGUGGUGAACAGAGCAGCCAAGCCAUCCAAUAAACCGACAGGUUUAUCCUCCAGUCCCAAAGCAGGAUAUCUUCACGAUUCAGAUCAGGCCACUUCUGAGGCACAAUUACGCACAGAAAGCCCACAGUUUCAAGAUGUGUAUGAAGUUCCAGAUGAAACGGAACCUUCACCACCAAUGUUCAGACCCAAGCCACAACUUCCUAAACCCGGAUCUACAGGAACUGGAAGUCCGGUAUUACCUCCUCGCUCUUUCCCCAAAUUGGCCAGUACACCGGAAGUACUCAGAAAAGAAUCACCACUGAACAGAAAACUACCUACUUUGAAGUCUGAUGACAAUGAAGAUGAGUAUGAAGUUUGUGACCCUGAAAUAAGUGAUUCCACUGGUAGUACAGAGGAUUCCUGGACAGCUAGAGUACCAGAAGUUCCAAUACCGCCACAAAGGGAACUGAAACCAACCAACAAGCCACUCCCAAAGCCGAGGAUGAUAGAACCAAGGGAGCAUUCACAAACUGAAGGUGAAAAGCCCAGGAUUCCUGAAAAACCUCGACUCUCAAAUCCAGCAGCUGAAACUCCUGCCUUGCCAGUACCACGCUGUGGUCUCAAACCACCGGUUUUGAGAUUACCAACUACAAACCAUCCAAAUAUUCCAGAAACUCCUACCAGACAUAAUGAACUUCUGACACGACAUACUCCCAAUCCCAGUUCUCAUUCAAGUUUGGAGCAGGAUCCUAGUGUGGUUGGAAAAGUAUGGUUUACAAAUCAGUACGACCGAAAAACUGCAGAAGAGACAUUACAGAAAUUCAAUAAGGAUGGAGCAUACCUCAUAAGAAAAAGUUCUGGGCAGGACACACGGCAGCCAUAUACAUUAGUUGUAUUAUACAAAAGAAGGGUCUACAAUAUUCCUGUGCGUUAUAUUGAAGUAACAAAAGAAUAUGCAUUAGGCAAAGAGAAGAUUGGUGAAGAGCGGUUCUCCAGUGUUGCUGACAUAAUUGAAAACCAUCAAAAGAAUCCCUUGGUCCUCAUUGACAGCCAAAAUAACACCAAAGAUUCUACCAAAUUGAAGUAUCCAGUCCAGGACUCAUGAACUGUGUUUACUGAAUAGUAUUUAUAUAGUUUUCAUUUGAUAUCAUUUUCAACCACACAAAUCAUUUGAAUUAAAAUAAGCUGUCUAAAUUCCCAUAAGAGAUGAAUUUUAAAUGGGCACUGUUCAUUAGUCAUAAUUCAUGAGCAGUUGGUUUAUGCACAGAACCAUUUUAUCAUUUAACUCAUUUAUGCUCCAAAUGAAUAGUUUUUCAACUCAAACAUAUUAUUGAAGCUACUGUACAGUACCACAGAUCUACUGUCCAGAUGACAGAAGAAACCAUCUUUUUCAACUCAAAGAUGUUUUUUUAAAAACCGUUGUGCAACAGUAAUCACUUUUUUAAAUUAAUCUGUUUGUUGCUAAAAAUUUAAUUAGUAGAUACUUUCCACAAUCCAAUUCCUAACAAUAUAGGUAUUUUAUGAUGUUAAACAUUCUAACAAUUCAAAUAUUCUUAAUUAUUGUUAAUACAGGAUGAAAAACUGAAGGAAAGUCAGUUUUAUGAUUUAGCACAGUAAAACUGGCAUUUCAUCUGUGCUUCAGAAGCUGCCUGGCCUGAUAAGAUGAAAUUUAUCUGCUGGUUGUAAAUGUUGCACAUGGAAGGAAUUUGAAUAGACAAAUUUCAGUUCUUGAUCAUAGGCCGACAGCAUAAAACAUAUCUGGCAGAAGUUAAUGUUGUCACCUGGAAACAGCAGCUGGUGUUUUGAAUAAAAAAAACAUGAAGCCAUUAUCAUGGGCUAUGCUGCUAAGCUUCAUUUUUGAAGAGAUUUAAAGAGCUCCCCACAUAAUGUCGUCAAGGAUGGUCCCAUGGGUCAUCGUUCGUGCCUGAGACAAGGUUAAAGUUGUGCAAUUUUAGGGAGCUGGAUAGAAGUGGUCUUGACAAUGGAGCUUGGGAAACUGGAACGCUGACAAUAAUGAUGCUCUGGUGUUCCAAUUGUUGAUUUCCAAGCAAGUUAUUUCUAAUCCCACACACCAAAAGUACAAUCCUGAGGUUAAGAUCAAAAAGCCAAUCACUAUAGUAUUAAAACACCACUGCUAGAAUCUGUACACUCUUUGGCUACUUGAUCCUUACUCUGCUAUUAGAAUGGGACAAGAGUUCUUUGCUCCCUCCAUUGUGGAAUAGCCUACAUCAUUAUCCAAGUCUUGCUGUAGAAUAUUCAGGCUUGGGUUGAAAAGUAGCAGGUGACAUUAAGAUUGUGGCAAGGUCAAAAUUGGGCAAUAUUGUGGAAGUGGAUGCAGUGGUCUUAAUGAUGGGACUCGCGUGUGGUCAGAAGCAAAUAAAGGUCAAAUACAGCCCUGCAUUUGCAAACAUUCUGGUUUGCCCUCAGUGAUCUGUUGUUCCUGUCAUAGUGCAUAAAGAGGAAUUGUAAUUCCUACUUAACAGUAGUGUGCAAGCACCAUCACCACAGGUUUAAGCUAGGGGCACACUGCCUACUUCUCAGACAGUAUGGCCCUGCCAAUAGCAUUCAUGUAUUGAGAACAAAGGCUUGUAAAUGAUAUAAAUAUUAGAUACAACAAAGCAUCUCCACUAAUAAGGCCUAGCUUUGGGCUUGGGCUUCAAUUAUUUAUAAUCUAUAUUAAUGACUUGGAUGAAGGGACCAAGUCUACUGUUGCCAAAUUCACUGAUGAUACAGAGAGAAGUUGUGAGGAAAACAAGAUGUAAAAGGGAUUAUGGCUAGGUUAUGUGGGUGGGUAGAGUGUUGCCAGAUAGGGUGCAAAGUGGAAAAAUGUGGAAUUAUCCAUUUUAAGAGGAACAUUAAAAUAGAAAAUGUUGCAGUACAUGGGGAUCUGAGUCCUAGUAUAUGAAUCAGAAAGUUAGCAUGCAUUUACAACAAGUAAUUAAGGCGGCUAAUGAAACACUGACCUAUAAUGCAAGGGCUAUAGAGUGUAAAAGUACAAGUUUUCUGCAACUUUACAAUAUUCAGAGUCCAUAUAAGGGAAGCUGUAGAUAUAGUGCAUUUGGAUUUUCAGAAGACAUGUGACAAAGUGCCACAGAAUAGGCUCAUGUAAUAGAGCUCAUAGUAUGAGGGUAAAUGUGCUACCAUGAAUUGGACAGGUUAUCACAUGGAAGGCAGAGAGUCAGAAUAAACAGGUCUUUUUCAGGCUAGAAGGAUACAACUGGUGGACUGCCCCUAGGGUUAGUUCUUGGCCCUCAAUUAUUCACUAUACAUAUUAAUGACCUGGAGAAGGGGUGGAAGGGAAAGGGAUAGAGUGCAAUGUAUCCAUAUUUGAUGAUGACACAAAAAUAUACAUGAAGACAUGUUGCCAAGAGGAUAUUUGGACUGUGUACAGCUAAGGUUGUGUAAGGUUGUUAAACACCAAUGGUGUUUAGUGUGGGAAAGUGAGAGGUUGUGCACGUCAAUAAGAGGAACAUAGAUGAUUAUCUUAUGAAGAAAGAUUGCAGUUGAGCAAAGUUUGGGGGAUCUGUGUUCGUGUGCACAAAUCACACAAAGUUAGCUGGCCAGUGCAGCGAGUGGUUAUGAAGAUAAAUUGCAUAUUGUCCUUUUUGCAAGUGGGUUGGGGUUUAGAAAUAGGGAAGUAUUGUUACAGUAUACUGCUAUGCUACUAUAGGGUACUGCUAUGCCACAUAUGGAUUACUAUUUUGAUCCCCCUUAUUCAAGGAUAUACAAACACUGGAGUCAGUCCAAAAGAGAUUCACUGGGCUAAUUGCUGGGAUGAGAGGGUUGUCCUCCCACAAGUGGUUAAAGAAAUUAAAUUCUUUGCCAUCUAGAAGAAUGAGGGGUAAUCUUUUUAAAACAUAUAAGAUCCUUAGGGGUCAAGUCAGGAUAGAUGCCCCAAUGUUUACUCUAGUAGGAGAAUCUCAAGGGAAUAUGGUUACAAGAUUAAAGGGUGGUCACUUAAAACCUGUGUAUAGGUACUUCUUGUUGCAAUAGGGUGGUGAAUCUCGAAUUCUCUUCCCUAUAGGGUUGUGGAGGUUAUAUCAUGGGGGUUACUUAAAGACAAAACAUAAAUUUUUGAAAGAUUUCGGGGAAUUGGCACAAUAGGAGAUAAGGCCUGGGGCAGAUCAGCCAAGAUCAUAUUGAAUGGUGGGGCAGGCUUAGGAGUAGGCCACUUGGCCCCUUAUUUUUUUUUGAUGUACUUAUACUCACAGGAUACUGGUGAGCAUGCCUGGAGUACUGCAUGCAGUUUUGAUCUCCAUAUUUAAGGAAGAUUUGAUGCAGUGGAGAAACUGCAGAGCAAGGUUCACUAGGUUAAUUCCUGCCAAUGAAGGGUUUGACAUGGGAAGAAAGGUCAAGCAGGUUGGGCCUACAUUCACUGAAGUUCAGGAGGUGAUCAUAUCAAAACAUAAGAUUCUGCAGCAGGACUGACGGGAUGGAUGCUAAAAUGAUGCUUCCCCUACUGGGCUAUCUAGAACAAGAGAGAGAUUGUUUGGGCACCAUCUAUUCUCAAGCAAUAUUAGCUGGUUUGUCUGAUAAUAGUAAACAGAUUAAAAACUACCUUAGUUAUCAGUAAUGACUUAGUAUAAAGAAAAUAAACAAAUGUUCCAAUACUUCCAUAGUAUACUUCCAUACUACAUUCAGAAAUGAAAAUUUCUAUAACAAAAAUCAUUUAACAGAAAAUAAGACUUACCUGUUUGGUGAUUGGUUUGAUUUAGUACAUUCAAUUUUAAACAGGAGGCAAGGCUUAAACCAUGGUUCAAGAACAAACUCAAUAAUGCACAUCCUUAAAUUAGUUAGAAGAGCAGGCCACAAUGGUUGUGUGUUUUUUCCACCUCUAUUCUCUAUAACAGAUUGUUAAACCGAGUACAAGAAACAGAAUUUCUGCAAAAUAGCUGCAACUCUGGGAAUCGACUAUAAACACAAUUAAACAGCAUGGCUUAGAAAUUCAGACAUACAGCAAUGUUUUCUUUUUCUUCCCCCACAAAAGCAUCAGUCUUUUUUCAAGUAGAAUGUAAAAAGGCCACUUUCAGUUGAAUUCCACCACUACCACAACCUCCACCGCCUCGCCCCCAACCCCACCAAACAUCAGAAAUCGGACAAUGCACUUUCACCCUUACAUCCACAGUAAAACAUUCACAGGCAUUACAGGGGAUUUUCAAUCAAAUCUUGUACCAUGCAACAAAAGCAAGUCAGCAAUGGGCACUUAAGGAGCCCCUUCAGGAGUUUCACCUAUGUUUACAAGUAUAUUGCCAUUUAAGCAACUCAGUGGAUGAUAUUUGUUUAGAACCUCAGUAAAGCUUUCAGCACACUGCUACAGGGUCAGAAGGCAUACUUAUUAAGAUAAAAGUUCUGAAGAGGAAAUUUGUACGCAGAGCUGGAUCAACAUGGAUGAUUGCAAAGUCGGGCAGCACCUGGAGAGAGAGAAGUAGCGUUAGCAUUUCAGGUUGAUGACCGUUCAUCAAAACCCAGGCUGUCAGAAAUCAAGCUUGCUCCAGCAGAGAAGGGGUAGAGAAUGGAGAGAAGAAAGAGAAUGUCUGUGAUGGAGUGAAGAGAAAAGGAGACUUUGAUGCACAAUGUGGUAAUGAUCUGAAGGAGAUGCAAAUAGAAGAGAAACAAGGACAGAAAUAAAGCUGGAACUGCGAGAUGCAAACACUACAGUAGGGAAUUCUGGAAAUACUUAGCAGGUCAGGUGUAAAGAGAGAAAAACUGAGUUAACGUUAUAGGUGGAUGACCUUUCAUCAGCAUUGUCCAGUACUGAAACAAACUGAAGAGGCUAGUUUUCUGAAAAUGUUGAAUUUGGUGUAAAGUCCCAAGGCUGCAACAUGCCUCGUCGAAAGAUCAAAUGCUGUUCCUCAAGCUGGCAAAAGAUAAAAGAGGUCAGCAUAGGAAUAAUAUAGAGAAUUAAAGUGACAAGCAAUUGGAAGCUCAGCAUCAGCUGAACUCCACAAAGCAGUCUGCAAUUGGUCUUUCUAGGGUUGAAGAGCACCAAAUGCAGUACAAGAAACUGGAAGUAGUACAGUGAUUUGUUGCUUCACCAAGAGUAUUUGAUUCAUUGGAUGAUGGGAAAAGCUAAAAGGGGUGCUGGUUUUAGCUUUUAGAGCCAGAAAAAUAGAAGUCUCAACAAAUCACCCAAAUGAGGUUGUGGAAAUGAAACAAUGUGAAAUUCUGAUCACAAAAUUGAAAACAUCAGUUAGUAAAUAGGAUUUAAUAACUAGGUUAACUGGGUUAUGAAGAUGAAUUGCAAAUUAAAAUUUUGAUGAUGAAAAAGGGCUUAUGAUUUUAGCAUUUUCAAAUUCAUAAAAUUCAAUCUGCAGCAAUAUGCAGAUUUAAACAGGAUUUAGAUUUAACUGAUCAAUGUAAAGAAUAAUGAAUGUAUGUAAUGCAUUGCCAAAGUGACGGUCUUGCAGUUGACGGAAUCACCAAGCACUGCCAAUGCUAAAACUCUUAAACACACUUAAAUACACAAUACUGUUCUUGAAAAAAAUUUGGGAAUAGACCAAAAUAUUAUCUUGAUCAGUGCACAAUCGAACAACUUCCCAGUUUAAUUAAUAAAAGGUGAAAAAGUGAAAAAAAUAUUCUGAAGCACAAGAAAUAUCUUGGGAUAUCCUAGCUACAGGCACCAGUUAGACUAACUCCAAUAAUCUUUGCCUCUCUUACAAACCCGUUACUUGUUGAUAUGUAUUGAGAACAACCAUCUUAACAAUUGGUUGGAUGUGCUCAGGUCAGGCAUCAUCUGUGGAGAAACUUCAUUUCCUGCUGAUGCUGCCUAACCAGCUGAGUGUCUCCAGAUUGUAAUGUUACUUCAGAUUUACAGCAUCCAUACUAUUUUGGUUCUAGAUAUUUCAACCAUAAACAAUUGUGCCUAGAAGGUUUAAUUUCAGCAAGUUUUACAAUGGAGCAAUUUAAAACUAAAAUUUUGAAAAUCCUGAUGACUUAUGUUAUUUUAUGCUGUAACAAAAGGUGUAUACAUUUAUGGUGAGUUUUUACGACAGAAAAAAAUCAUUGUUUAAUUAAUUUUUAUUUCUGAAGAAAAUGUACAUGUAUUCAAAAAUAGUGUACAAUAUUUGUAAAGGCCAAUUCCAAAAGAAAUAACCCAAUACUGGGUGUGAACAGCUAAUGAAAUGUAAACGUGUUAAAAGUUUUGAAAUUGGUUAUUUGGAAUGCACUCAAAUUCAUUUCUAAUACACAGGCAAAACAGAAAGCAAUUCCAGCUCCAGCAAGCAAUGGUUUAUUUAGAAGUACAUAACAAAAACUAAGGAAAGCUUUGAA